AUGCGUGCUGUCCAGAUGUGCGAAGUAGCUGACCAUUCCAACCCAGCGAGGGUUGCAGCUACACACAAAUACCACAUCUUCCAAAUGAAGCUGCACCAUUCGGGCAACCAUGUCAUACCAUGUCCAGAUGCCUCAUGCGGAGCAUACAGCAACUCCGGUGCAGAGAAUGUCGUAUCCCCGGCGAGUUCUCGAAUUUCAGCAUGCCAAGUGGUGCAUGCCUUGCAUGGCAUGUCUGGUCUGAGCUCAUGGUGGGCAUCGUCCACCACCUCCCGGCGCCAUGGGACGAUACUAGUCCGGGAGCUUUCGGCUGGUGCAGAUGUGGACAAGUUGGGCUUCUGCGUCCCAUCGCUACCCCCGCAGCCGGUGGUCGUGAAACGCGUGGAGCCGCGAAGCUGGGCCGCGUCGCAGGAGCUGCGCGCGGGCGAUGUGCUCAUACAGCUGAAUGACGUGCCCACUGGCGAGAUGUCCAGCCAGCAUUUCCUUGAGUCGAUGACGACCCGGCCCUUGAAUUUCAAGUUCGUGGUUAAUCCGUUGAGAUCCUCCCGCUCGCAGAUGCGUGGCGGUGAGGAGGACAGUGAAAGCGACGACGCCGCAAAAAGCGAUGCCGUCGAGGACGAGGGCGACAACGAAGAGGAGUCCCCCACCCCGCGAUCUGCCGAAAAAUGCCGGCGGAGCGUUUCCGAUUGGUAUGCAGAGGAGGAAGUUAUCCCUGAUGACAACCGCAAGAAGAGCCUGACGAGUUGGUACCUCGACGGAGCUCGAAUGCCCGACACCACGAGUCAGCUGACUGCUGUCCAUCGCAUGUCGCUAUCUGGAGCUGAGCAGCCGUUGGAGACAGGGGAAGCCGCUGAGCUGAGACACAUGCUCCAGGCUGCUUUGUCUGAGGAGAACCUCGAUGCCCUGCUCCUUGUCAUCGCCCGGGCGCAGUCACAAGGAAUCAUUGCCGAUGUCUUGGAGGUGGCACAGUGCAAAGCACAGGGCGCGAGAUCGGAAGAUCCUAUCCAUGCGAAGCUGGCCAAGCCAUCUUCGCAUGAUGGUUUCGGGCAGCAGGAUUUGGGCAAAGCCCUUCUGUCAUCUUCAAGCAAAGCACAUGCAGGCAGCUGGUCGGCAGAGCGGCAGAUCUCAGAGAGAUCCUGA